CAAACAGAGAAAAGAAAACAAACAAAUUCUUCGUUCUUUAUGUACCGAUUUACAUCUGUUGCCAUUUUUCCACAGUACACCCUCUUUAUUUUUAUCGGUACCCCAAAUACUUUUCAGCACCUUAUUUUCUUACUUCUUGUCCUCCUCAUAUCAUCAAGCCGAAACAUACCUCUAUUUUCUUGUAUAUUACACCCUUAUCCACAAAGGUAUUCCUUAUGCGUCGUGAUCAUCUCUUAUCUCGCGUCAUACUUCUCAUGUUAUGCUAGAUCUCGUAUCCACCUUCUGUUUUUCUUUUCGUGGAUUUGCUGUAUUUUUAAUCUCACCAGUACUUUCUGAUCUUGUCUCUCUGGCUCUCGUUUGUCCGAUUACACCUAUUGUACUUCUUGUAGCAAAUAUAAAUCUCGUAAAGUGAAGUUCAGCAUUCAAUUCUUUCA